CCAUCCUCAUCCUCCACCUCCCCCCUCCCGCCCCUCUGGCUUCGCCCCGCCCCCGCCUCCGCCCCUUAGCCCCCGCCCCCAGCCGCCAGUCCCCAGCCGCUCAGUCCUGCAGUGAGAGUCUUGGGAGUCCAUAGCUAAGCGCCAACGAGCCCGAGCCCUGCUCGCCGUGCCCGCCUGCCAGUCCCGCGCAUGGCUCAAGAGAAAAUGGACCUGGAUUUGGAGUCUGACACCUUGGAGGGAGCCACCAUGAAGCGCUCCAGCAGCGCUCCCCUCAUCCAGGGGCUCAGUGAUCUUUCACAGAUUUUUCAACCUUGUUCAUUCCGGCCUCGGAGGAAUAGUGCAACAGUGAUGAGCCAUUACAGUCUGUUGCUGUCAUCCACACCUAAACGUAUUCCUAAUAGCAGACUGCAUCAAAUCAAAUGGGAGGAAGGUAUGAAUAUGAUGAGAGAGACUGCACAUGAAAGGGAAGUGCAAGCAGCAAUGCAAAUGAGCCAUUCGUGGGAUGAGAGUUUGAGCCUGAGCGAUAGUGACUUUGAGAAGUCGGAGAAAUUAUACUCUCCUAAACGGAUUGACUUUACUCCAGUGUCUCCUGCUCCAUCACCCACCAGAGGAUUUGGAAAGCAGUGCUAUUCACCAUCCUUACAAAUGUUUGUGGGCAGCAGUGGACUACCAUCGAGUUCCUUUCCUAGUCCAAGACGCUUUUCCAGGAGCCACAGUCCAGUCAAAUGCAUCAGACCCAGUGUUCUUGCUCCGAUUAAAAGAAAGGGUGAAAUGGAGACUGAAAGCCAGCCCAAGAGAGUUUUCCAAGGCUCGAACACAUUGCUGACCACAGAUACUAAACAGUUGUCUGAUCUCAGUUCAUGGUGGUGUUAUCAAGGAGAAGAAAUCCCUGCCUUGACCAGAUGUGUGGAGCACCUCCAAAUGAAUGAAUAAAUGUUCCUUACACACACAAACUGCUGUGUAUAAAAGUAUUCAUGGAGCUUAACAGCUUGUCUCGGGUGGUAUUAUAAGGCUUGAGGUGCCUUGGGGUACAGUGUUGUGCUGUAAAGGUAGGAUAGAAAAGUGGGCUUUCUGUGUCUGAUUGUCACACGCUGUUUCAAUUGCUGCAUUUUCUCGCAACUUCUUUUGUCACUUAAUUUGUUUUGUCAUGUGGUGUGUGGUGCUGCUGAGUGUGUCCUUGGUUGUUGUGUUACCACCAGAAGCUAAAUUCGGCUCUUGCUCACGCUGCCUUAUGGGGAGGGCAGUUAAAUAUCUACAAGGAAGCUUUUAGGAGUUGAAAAACUCCAUGUUGUUGUGCACCCUGCUUUUGAGAAGCUGUUUGAUCUGUGAACAGUGUGUACCUGGUAGUAAGUCUGAGGUGUCCUAAGUUAAUUCACUUUCCAAAGAGAAAAAUCCUGGUGGGGACUGUGUAAUCUGGUGUUAUUUAUUCUUUAAAACUGUGUAAAAAUGUCUGUUGUGAUUUCUGUUCAGACCUCGUGGUUGGAUUGUAUGUAUUUAAUAUGCAAAUUCAUGUGCUCCGAUCACAAUGAUUUUAAGAUUUAUUAGAAGUAAAAAGUACUGCAUUUGUGUCUUUUGAAGGCAAAGAUCCUUGAAUUUUAAAGGAAGGAGAUGAAUUUUGAGGGUACUCAACAGACUAAUGAUAUGAAAUAGCUUGAAGGGAAACCUAUUCUCUUUAUACUGUAAGAGAGUAUCAGUUAGCUUGCAGUAAAUAGUUCUGAAAUAGUUCGGGUGUGUUGUUUAUUUUAAAUGGUGAUGACUGCCGUAAUGGCCAUUAAUGGCUUUAUUUCUUGUAUUGCUUUCACCUGUGCAAAACCCAGUCACCCCUUCAAGACUAACAAAUGUAUAUAUUACGAAGAUUUUCCCCUAAAAUGCUGUUUUAAGGAAAAAUUGCUCCCAUGGUAUUCAGUGUACUUGGUCUGUUUGAGAAAGAGCCACGAUAAGGUGUUUCUGCCUAAAGAAUACUAAGAGACCAUUUUAUGGUACAGGAUAUUUCGCCACCUUCACACUACUAUUAUCUUUGCCUUAAAAAGAUGCUUUCCACCAUCCUUCUGUGGACUCUAAUUUAGGACUCUUAAGAAAUAACCUUUGGGAUGUGAUAAAUUUAGUUUAUUUCAAUAUAUUUUUGCAAUUCAAUGGCGAGGUAGAAUUGGAUCAGAAAACGAAAUUGUUCAACAGAUAUAAGAACUAGGAGGCAAGAUGAUACACAUUAUUUCAACCUAGAUUUGUUUUUAUUGUUAGAACUGACUAGAAAAUUAAGUUUGUGCAGGAAUUAUUUUGAAAUUGAUAAAAAGAGACAGAUACUAACCUUCAGGUAAGCUUUGUUGAUGGUAACACUUUAUUUUUAUAUAAAGUCUAAUAUUUGAAAGGUAAUCAUUGUUAUAAAUCCAAAUUCUCUUUUCCUAUUCUAAUAUUAUAUUUCAAACUUCUAUUUGAAAAGUACAAGAAGGUGAUACAAUAAGAAAAUCCUAUAGAUGCUCUUUCUGCUUGACCGACUUAUGUAAUCACUUUCAUAACUGCUUUUGGAAUAAUAUGAAGUUUUGUGAAAUGCUGACCUUGUGUAUCUCUUAGAAUUUAAAUUUAAUAAAGUGUGUAUACAUGCA